ACGUACCGUACCAUCCAUGCUGACAGCGCGCGUCCACGACGCAUACCUGUCGCCUGUCGGACUACCAUAACAUAGAAAACAGACCGUAAAAAUAUAAUUUUCCGAUUCGAAAUCGCAUCGAAAUUUGCAACGACAUUAUUUAAUAUAUACUGCAUAUAAGCAACGUCGUUGACGCGCCGUAACACAUCACGUUGCACCAUACGGACCUACGCGGCAAUCGCAUAACCAAUAACAAUAACCGUUUUUCGGGAACUGAUUUCACAAUAUUCGCGCAUAGGUUUUCGCCGGCGAAAUAAUCACGCGCGGACGGGCGCGCACAUUGCCGUUUUUGCAGCCGUCGUCCGCUGCUGCAGCCGCGGACCACGACAACCCGUACGCCGCCGCUGUCGUUGUCCCGUCCGAUGGAGAUCACAGUGUCCGCGCCGAUCGACUUUAGCGUGUCGGUCAAGAGAACGCCGCCGACGGCGGUCGUCAGGACGCCAUCGUCUGGGGCCGCCGCGGCCGCUGCCGCCGCUGCCGCCGUUGCGACGAGUUGUGACAGUGGUGCUUCGUCCAACACCGCCGCACAGCAGUCCAACGACGGUCGCCGUUCACCGGUCGUACCGUCGUCCGGUCUCCUCAAGUUCGUUCAGCACGACCACCAACACCAUCAUCACCAUCACCACCAUGCCACCGGUGCCGCCGUUUUGAACACAGCGGUCGUGAACGGGCACCACCACAGCAGCGCUGGCGGCAACAGCGCGUUCCGCUUGGUCACCCCGAAAGCCAAACAUAACGAUUGCAUUAAGUUCGGUAUCAGCCGCCUGGUGGAAAAGUUUAACGACAGCCGUUCGACUUACGAUACGUCGUAUGCUGCGAACAACAACAACAACAUCACCAAGAGCCUCAAUGAACCGGAUGUCGACAACCGUCGCGGUGACGAUGACGACGACGAACGAGAAUUGAAGAGCGGCCGUUGCACGAGAGAGUUAGGCCGGAAGAUAUGGUCACCGAUGAGGAGUUCGCCAUCGCCAUCCUCGUCGUCCGAAUUGGACGUGGAAAGCCGAUUAGCAUCGCCGGACAUCGACGUGACCAAGUGUGGCUCUACCCCGCCACCACUGGUGCAACCAUCGCAACCUGCCGUCUCUAUAGUGCAAGUGACCACCCGCAAGCCACCCGUGACCGCCAAGAACUCGGAGGCGUUUAGCGUUAGCGCGCUACUCAAGCCAGACGCGCCCCGCACCACCAGACAUCCGUUCAACAAUCAUCACCACCACCAUCAUCAGCAGCAACACCACCAACAGCAUCACCACCAGCAGCAGCAACAGCCGCCGGCCAUGACAGCCGCUGACACAAUUUCGGUCACCAGAUCGUUAUUGUAUCCGGCCGUCCAGUUCCCGGAUCUGAUCAAAGACACCCGGAAGGAAGUGCACCUGCACCCGUCCGCGGCCAAUACGCUGCUCCAGAAACACUUUUCCGGUUUCAGCUUUCACCCACACUUCUAUUCAGCCGCCAACAUGUUAAACCCAUCUAGUGGCUCACCUGAGCACGCUGGCAGCGGUGCCGGCAGCGGUGGCAGUGGUGACCCGCACACUGACAACAAUCACAACCUGCUCACUAACUCACUGUACCUAAGCCUGGGUGCCGUGCAGGCCGCCGCCGCCGCCGCUUUUGUCCAUCCGCUGUCCACAACCGGCAUGAAUUCACCGGCGGCCAAUCCGUUCCACUCGUCUGGCCAACAGCAGACUUCGGGUGGUGUUGUGGUGCCUCACCCGUCAGCCGAGGAUAUGAUGAAGCUGCGACAGCAGUUCGCGCCUGGCGCUAACCAGCCGCUAGCCGCUGCGCCGCCGUCGGACCCCGGUGGCCACAUGCGACACCAUCACAUGCUAAUGAGGGGCUCAGUAUUCGGAGACGUGUACUCGUGCAUCAAGUGUGACAAAAUGUUCCCCACGUCGCACGGCUUGGAGGUGCACUCCCGGAGGUCACACAACGGCAAGAGGCCAUUCUCAUGCGAGCUGUGCAACAAAUCGUUCGGUGCCGAGAUAAGCCUGAACCAACAUCGGUGGCUCUGUUGUCGUCGAUCGGCGCACAACGUAGAAAAGCUGUUUGAGUGUAAACAGUGUGGCAAAACGUUCAAAAGGUCAUCUACUCUAUCUACGCACUUGCUAAUCCACUCAGACACUCGGCCAUAUCCAUGUCAGUUUUGCGGAAAACGAUUUCAUCAGAAAUCCGACAUGAAGAAGCAUACGUACAUUCACACAGGUGAAAAACCGCAUAAAUGUCAAGUGUGCGGCAAAGCAUUCAGCCAGUCGUCGAAUUUAAUUACGCACAGCCGGAAGCAUACUGGGUACAAACCGUUUGCGUGCGACCUAUGCGGCCGUGCUUUUCAACGUAAAGUCGACCUCCGCAGGCACAAGGAAACGCAACACACUGAUUUCCGGUCUGGAAAUCUCACGUAAGCCUAACCACCAUCUACUCCACCACAUUCACACACACAUACACACACACACACACAAAUAUAAAAAAAAAUAAAACAAAAAAUAUGUCUAUAUAAUAAUUGUCGCGCAUACAACACUAUAUUAUAACUCGCACCUGUAUCCACUUUUACAUUACAUUGUUAUAUAUUAUAUUAAAUAUGUAUAUAAGUGUCUUAUCGUUUCUUCUGUGUCUUUAUUUUUAAACUUCAUUGUUUAUCAAGUUUUUCCAACUUCAAUGAUCAAUGGUAAAUCAUCAUAAUUAUAAUUAUUAGUACCUACCUAUUAUUAUUAUUGUCGUUAUAUUGGAUUAAAUAUAAGCCGCAGUCGCUGUGUGUUCAUAAUGUAUUAUAAUAUGUUAUUAUAUUGUACACUCGACGACGUGCGAUGUCAUGCAUGACAUAUAUUUCUUAAAUUAAAUUAUAUAAUUCAUAUUAUAAUACUUAAUAUUGUGUAUUUGUUAUGUAUAAUAUACACAUAAAUCUUAUACUUUGCU